AUGACAGAAGUUGGCACCCGAGACAAAAGUGUGGGCUGGUAUCAAGCCGAGCUAGAGGAUGUGAACCCUCAAGCCCGCUCAGUCCUCGAAAAAUACUGCAAGAUACCUUCGGGCGAGGUCGUGCCGCAUGUGUUGAGAAUUGUAACGACAAGNCGCGAGAAAGCAUGGGAAGUCUUUCCAUAUCCGUGCAUCGGCGGCUUUCGCUUUCUGGACAUGCCCUUGGCUGGCUUCGAUGCAUACCCCGAAAUCGUCAAGAGACUCAAACCUGGCAACGAAAAGUACCUCGAUCUGGGCUGCUGCUUCGGACAGGACAUUCGCAGACUGGUUACUGAUGGGGUACCUGACGAAGCCUUGAUCGGCAGUGACCUUCAUCAAGGCUUCUUGGAUCUUGGCUAUGAUCUUUUCAAGGACAAAGACAGAUUGCAAAGCAAGUUCAUCGCUGCAGAUGUCUUCGCAUUCGAAUCGAAACUCACACCCUUGGAGGGAAGCAUCGACAUUAUUCAUGCAUCGUCUUUCUUCCACUUGUUUGGCUACGAAGGACAGAAGAAGAUUGCAAGACGCGUCGUCCAACUACUAAAGCCGAAGAAAGACUCUCUACUGGUCGGGCGUCAGGUGGGCAACAUCCGGGCUCACGAGGAAGAAUCAUCUGCCAGUGGAAGCGGCAACAUGUUCUUGCAAAACAUCGAGUCAUGGAAGCAAAUGUGGAAGGAGAUUGGCGAGGAAACGGGCACGCAAUGGGAGGUCGAGGCCACUUUACAAGACUGGCCUUUGGCGGGAAGCAAAGUCUCAUGGCAUAAGGAGGGAACCAAGAGAAUCUUCUUCUCGGUCAGGAGACUCUGA